UCACACACAGGACUACGCAAGAGCAGGACCUCAGUAUUUUUAUCCUUUAUUACAAAUGGAGGAACACGAAGAUGCUCAGAACUGUUUUCCAGAACAUAACUCUUCUUGCAGAAAGGUUUUGCUAUCAACAUCGAUGUACAUAACACUGUACAUAUUCUUCUUAUCGAUUGGAGCGGUUACAGUCUUUUUGAACAUAUUGGUGGUCAUCUCUAUCUUUCACUUCAAGCGGCUCCACACUCCAACCAAUCUGCUCAUCCUUUCUCUGGCUGUGGCAGAUCUCCUGGUGGGACUGAUUGUGAUACCAGUAGGGACCGUAGCAAUAAUGGAAUCAUGUUGGUUUUUGGGGAAAUAUUUCUGUGUGUUUUAUGUCUACAUCAGUUAUUUCAUUCUAUCCCUAUCUCUCGGGAAUUUGGUAUUGAUUUCUAUUGACCGCUAUGUUGCUGUGUGUGAUCCCUUAUUUUACCACUCUAAAAUAACAAUAACAAGAAUUACAUGUUGUAUAUCCAUUAUAUGGUUUUGUUGUAUCAUAUACAAUGCUGCUUUUAUAAAAAUAACUGUAAAUGUAGAAGUACCUAGAAGGUGUUUUGAAGAAUGUUUUAUUGUUGAAGUAUAUGACUCGAGUAGCAUCAUUGACCUUGUAAUUACAAUGGUUGUCCCGUGCUCUAUUAUUAUAACACUUUAUUUGAAAAUAUUUGUGGUCGCCAGAUCACAGGCCAGAAAGGUAUUUUCAGUAGAAAUUGCCAUCCAGUCUGGUGUUAAAACUGUACAGGUGAAUAAGACUGAGAGAAAAGCAGCAAAAACUCUAUCUAUUGUAGUUUUCACCUAUCUAUCUUGUUGGACUCCAAUUUUUUUUAUGCAGUUUUUCUCUCACCAAUCAUCAAAUUACUUAAGCUUUCUGCCAUUUGUUAAUUCCUUAAUUAAUCCAAUAAUUUAUGCUUUCUUUUAUCCAUGGUUCAAAGUGACAGCUAAACAUAUUUUAACUCUCAAGUUAAGGCGUUUAUAAUUCUGUUUUUAUUCCUAAAUCUGACAAAUUUGAAACUAUAUUGUUGUUGUAAUUGCUUAUUUCCAAAAUGAAUAUGUCUCUAUAGAAACAGGACAUGUUUGUCCUCUACAAAUUGUGCAAGCUACUUUUAUGUCUGUUAUAGAUUAUGGGGAUAUUAUUUACAUGCAUGCUAUGGCAUCAACACUUAAAUCGCUGGAUGCUACUUAUCAUUGCACACUUAGGUUUAUUACGGGUGCUAGCUACAGAACUCACCACUGUGUUUAAUAUCAAAAUGUGGAUUGGACUUCGCUGUCCGUGAGAUGAGAACAACAUGCUCUCGUGUUUGUCUAUAAAGCACUUCUGAAAAAGUUACCUUCUUAUUUAUCAUCACUCAUCAAUAUUAGAAUUAGAAUUCCUAAAACCAGGUCUCAAGCAUGGAUUACACUUGAGGCCCAUGCGGUUUCCACAAAGUUGGGUAUGGCUGCCUUUUCCUGUUAUGCUCCUUGCUUAUGGAAUAGCCUGCAGACUAAACUUAAACUUGAGACUCUUGUCCCCCUUGCUCAUUUUAAAUAUUUAUUGGAGCAUUUUUAUUUUUUAUAUUGCUUGUAACGGUUUUGGGUAAUGCAAGUUCUUGUGCUGUUAGUAAAUGUAAUCUGUUUGUUUUGUGUUGUCUGUGAUCGUUUUGUUUGUCUUGUUUAGUUUUUUAAUCAUUGUACCUAAACUGUAUGUGUAAACAUGUAUACGCAGGGC